AUGGUCUUCUCUGCUCACACGAUGGCAAGGUUUUUCAGACCAAAUGUCAGGAACUUUGUCACUUCCCAGCUGAGAUUGUCUGAUCAGCUUGGAGAGUUGGGCAAAGGUGCUGGCAAAGGCGGAGGGGGUGGAGGGUCUAUCAGAGAGGCAGGUGGAGCUAUGGGCAAGAAGCAGGCUGCUGAGGAGGAGAUGUACUUCAAACGCAAAGAAAAGGAACAACUAGAUGCCCUGAAGCAGCAUCACCAGGAGGAAAUAGACCACCACAAAAAGGAAGUAGAACGCCUGCAGCGAGAGAUCGACCGCCACAAGGGAAAAAUCAGAAAGCUUAAACAUGACGACUAA